CGGGAAAAAACCCCAUUGUUGAAAUGGCCGACAGCAAGAACGAGGAUUUGGCAACCGCCAUCCUGAAGCGCAAGGAUCGCCCGAACCGUUUGAUCGUCGAUGAAGCCGGCAAUGAUGAUAAUUCGGUCAUUUCGUUGUCUCAGGCCAAAAUGGACGAGCUGGAACUGUUCCGCGGUGAUACGGUGCUGCUGAAGGGCAAGCGGCGAAAAGAAACCGUUUGCAUCGUUCUGUCGGACGAAAACUGUCCGGAUGAGAAAAUUCGCAUGAACCGUGUGGUGCGCAAUAAUUUGCGCGUGUGGCUCGGUGACGUAGUCAUGAUCCAAUCCUGCCCGGACGUCAAGUACGGCAAGCGCGUCCACAUACUCCCGAUCGACGAUACGGUCGAGGGACUGUCGGGCAAUCUGUUCGACGUGUACUUGAAGCCGUACUUCCUCGAAGCGUACCGACCGAUCCACAAGGACGAUACGUUCGUCGUGCGUGGUGGUAUGCGUGCGGUCGAAUUUAAGGUGGUUGCGGCUGAUCCGGAACCGUACUGUAUUGUCGCCCCGGAGACGGUUAUUCACUGCGAGGGAAAUCCAAUCAAGCGCGAGGAAGAGGAGGAAACGCUGAAUGCGGUUGGGUACGAUGAUAUUGGCGGAUGUCGUAAGCAGUUGGCCCAGAUUAAGGAAAUGGUUGAGCUACCGCUGCGCCACCCUUCACUGUUCAAGGCGAUCGGAGUAAAGCCACCGCGCGGUAUUCUGAUGUACGGUCCCCCCGGUACGGGCAAAACGCUCAUUGCACGUGCCGUCGCGAACGAAACCGGUGCAUUCUUCUUCCUAAUUAAUGGACCCGAAAUUAUGUCCAAACUGGCGGGUGAAUCCGAAUCGAACCUGCGCAAAGCGUUCGAAGAAGCGGAGAAGAAUUCGCCGGCGAUCAUCUUCAUCGACGAAAUCGAUGCGAUUGCACCGAAGCGUGAGAAGACGCACGGCGAGGUAGAGCGACGUAUCGUAUCACAGCUGCUCACGCUGAUGGACGGUAUGAAGAAGAGUUCGCACGUAAUCGUAAUGGCUGCGACGAACCGGCCCAACUCGAUCGAUCCGGCACUGCGUCGUUUUGGACGAUUCGAUCGGGAGAUCGAUAUUGGCAUUCCGGAUGCGACUGGCCGGCUGGAAGUGUUGCGCAUUCACACGAAAAACAUGAAGCUAGCGGACGAUGUAGAUUUGGAGCAAAUUGCGGCCGAAUCGCACGGUCACGUCGGUGCGGAUUUGGCAUCGCUCUGCUCGGAGGCAGCGUUGCAGCAGAUCCGUGAGAAGAUGGAUCUGAUCGAUCUGGAAGAUGAUCAGAUCGAUGCGGAGGUGCUUAAUUCGCUCGCUGUGUCGAUGGAAAACUUCCGCUACGCCAUGACCAAAUCGAGCCCGUCGGCACUGCGCGAAACGGUGGUGGAAGUCCCGAACACAACCUGGACGGAUAUCGGUGGUCUGGAGAAUGUGAAGCGCGAGCUGCAGGAGCUGGUACAGUACCCGGUCGAACAUCCGGACAAGUUCCUGAAGUUCGGUAUGCAGCCGUCGCGUGGCGUACUGUUCUACGGGCCUCCCGGUUGCGGUAAAACGCUACUGGCCAAAGCAAUCGCUAACGAGUGCCAGGCAAACUUUAUCUCCGUCAAGGGACCGGAACUGUUGACCAUGUGGUUCGGUGAGUCGGAAGCGAAUGUGCGCGACAUCUUCGAUAAGGCACGAUCGGCUUCGCCCUGUGUGCUGUUCUUCGACGAGCUGGACAGUAUUGCCAAGUCUCGUGGUGGUAAUGUGGGUGAUGCGGGCGGUGCGGCUGAUCGCGUCAUUAACCAGAUUCUGACCGAGAUGGAUGGUAUGGGUGCGAAGAAGAAUGUGUUCAUUAUCGGUGCUACCAAUCGACCGGACAUUAUCGAUCCAGCUAUCUUGCGUCCGGGUCGACUGGAUCAGCUGAUCUACAUUCCGCUGCCGGAUGAGAAAUCGCGCGAAGCGAUUCUCCGUGCCAAUCUGCGCAAGAGCCCGGUGGCAGAGGAUGUCGAUCUGAACUACGUGGCGAAGGUGACGCAAGGCUUUUCCGGUGCGGAUUUGACGGAAAUCUGUCAGCGGGCGUGUAAGCUGGCAAUCCGACAGGCGAUUGAGGCGGAAAUUCGUCGAGAGAGGGACCGUGCCGCUAACCAAAAUUCGGCAAUGGAUAUGGAUGAGGAAGAUCCUGUGCCGGAGAUUACGCGCGACCACUUUGAGGAAGCGAUGAAGUUUGCCCGCCGUUCCGUAUCAGACAACGACAUCCGCAAGUACGAAAUGUUCGCCCAAACGCUGCAGCAAUCUCGUGGAUUCGGUACCAACUUCCGAUUCCCUUCGGGACAGGGCAGCUCAAGCUCGCAGGGACAGGGUUCGUCGCAACCGACGAGCCAAAAUCCGGGCGACAAUGGCGACGACGAUCUCUACAGCUAGAUUCCC